AUGCCGGUAGAACGCUGUUUCCAGAACAGUCAUGCUAAUCUAGAUUCUAGAAUAACAACGAGAUUCUCGCAUGCGCAUAUACAGUCGAUUGUUCAAAGACUUUUUCAUACAAAACUGCAAUUUAUAGAUUUAGUUGUUAAAAUGGUACAGUUAAUUUUAGUAUAUAGUAACGCCUACGCGAUGCACGAAAUAGAUGUAAAAGAUGCGGUGAGCGGCUCGAGCAUGAGAGCCCCAGGAGCGCGCGCAGCACUCGCGCUGCUGCUGGCCGCGCUAGCGGUCGACGCGCUGCAGCCGCGCUGCGAAGAGAUCACCAUCCCCAUGUGCCGCGGCAUCGGAUACAAUCUCACAUCCUUCCCUAACUCCUUAGACCAUGAUACGCAGGACGAAGCUGGCCUUGAGGUGCACCAGUACUGGCCGCUCGUGGAGAUCAAGUGCAGCGCGGACCUGAAGUUCUUCCUGUGCUCCGUGUACACGCCCAUCUGCAUCGAGGACUACGCCAAGCCGCUGCCGGCGUGCCGCAGCGUGUGCGAGCGCGCGCGCGCCGGCUGCGCGCCGCUCAUGCAGAAGUACGGCUUCCAGUGGCCCGAGCGCAUGGCGUGCGAGCGCCUGCCGCGCCAGGGCGACCCCGAGCACCUGUGCAUGGAGGAGCCGGAGCGCGCGCAGGAGCCCGAGCCGCCGCGCGCGCCGCCGCGCCGCCCGCACCGCAAGGACUGCAAGGACCCAAAAAACUGCGACGCGGCUGCGGGCAGCGAGCCGCCGGCCGGCGAGUGCGCGUGCGCGUGCCGGCCGCCGCUCGUGGCCGCGCGCAACGCCAGCGCGCCCGCCCCCGCGCCCGCCCUGGCCGCCCCGCCCGCCCUGCCCGGCCUGCCCGGCCUGCCCGCCUGCGCGCUGCCCUGCCGCGGCGCCUUCUUCACGCGCGAGGAGAAGGAGUUCGCGGCCGUGUGGGUCGCGCUGUGGGCCGGCCUGUGCGCCGCCUCCACGCUCAUGACGCUCACCACCUUCCUCAUCGACUCGCAGCGCUUUAAGUACCCCGAGCGGCCCAUCGUGUACCUGUCGGCGUGCUACUUCAUGGUGGCGCUCGGCUACCUGGCGCGCCUGGCGGUCGGCCACGAGGAGAUCGCGUGCGACGGGCCGCUGCUCAAGACGUCGACGGCGGGCCCGAGCGCCUGCACGCUCGUCUUCAUCCUCGUGUACUUCUUCGGCAUGGCGUCGUCGAUCUGGUGGGUCGUGCUGUCCUUCGCGUGGUUCCUCGCCGCCGGACUCAAGUGGGGCAACGAAGCGAUCGCCGGACACGCGCAGUACUACCACCUGGCCGCGUGGCUGGUGCCCGCCGCCAAGACCGUGGCCGUGCUGCUGGCGGGCGCCGUGGACGGCGACCCGGUGGCCGGCGUGUGCUACGUCGGCAACACGUCGUCCGACAACCUCAAGAAGUACGUGCUGGCGCCGCUCGUGGUGUACUUCGCGCUCGGCGCCACGUUCCUGCUGGCCGGCUUCGUGUCGCUGUUCCGCAUCCGGUCCGUGAUCAAGCGGCAGGGCGGCAUCGGCGCGGGCUCCAAGGCCGACAAGCUGGAGAAGCUCAUGAUCCGCAUCGGCGUGUUCAGCGUGCUGUACGCCGUGCCGGCCGGCGCCGUGCUGGGCUGCCUGGCCUACGAGGCGGGCGGCCGCGAGGCGUGGCUGCGGCGCGUGGCGUGCGGCGCGCCGUGCGGCCCGCGCCCGCUCUUCUCCGCGCUCAUGCUCAAGUACUUCAUGGCGCUGGCCGUGGGCAUCACGUCGGGCGUGUGGAUCUGGUCGGGCAAGACGCUGGAGUCGUGGCGGCGCGUGUGGCGCGGGGGCCGCGCGCCGCCGCCGGCGCACCGCGCGCUGGUGAAGGGCGCCGUGUGA